AUGGACUCAUCAUCCGAUCAAAUCAUCAGAGAAAUUCCCGGAUUCAUCCGAAUUUACAAAGAUGGCCGGUGCCAAAAACUCACCGGUAACGACACCGUUCCCACCGGCGUGGAUCCUGAUAACGGCGUCCAAUCAAAAGACGUCGUUAUCCAACCGGAGACCCCCCUCUCCGUUAGGCUUUACAUUCCUAAACCCCAAAAUCCACCGGUCAAAAAACUCCCCUUGUUAAUCUACUAUCAUGGCGGCGGAUUCAUCAUCGAAUCCGCAGCCUCACCGCUUUACCAUAACUUCUUAAACCUCAUCGCGGCGGAAUCCGGCGCCGUCAUAGUCUCUGUCGACUAUCGGAGGGCGCCGGAGCAUCCGGUUCCCGCCUGCUUCGACGACUCAUGGGAAGCAAUCAAGUGGGUCGGGCAACACGUCGACGGGAAUGGACCCGAGCCAUGGCUUAACGAGUUAGCCGAUCAUGGAAACAUGUUUUUCGCCGGGGACAGUGCGGGCGCUAAUAUUGCGCACCAUAUGGCAAUCCGGGUCGGGUCGGAAAACCUGACUCGGAGCGUAAGACUUAAGGGUGUCGUCCUGCUCCACCCGUAUUUUUGGGGGAGCGAACGGGUGGGAUCAGAACCUGAGGACAACCCAGUGAGUGCAAUGGUGGGCGAGAUAUGGAAGCUCGCCCACCCGGGAACAAGCGGGGUGGAUGACCCACUUAUUAACCCGGCUAUGGAUCCGAAAGUUUCGGAUCUUGGAUGCUCCAAGGUACUUGUUUUUGUUGCUGAGAAGGAUCUUUUGAAGGAUAGGGGAUAUUAUUACAAGGACAUUUUGGGUAAAAAUGGGUGGAAUGGAGAUAUAGAGAUUAUUGAGGAUAAAGGGGUUGAACAUGUGUUUUUCCUAUUCCACCCUUCUCUUGAUAGUGCUUGUACCCUACGCAAGAGAAUUGGUACCUUCAUAAACGGUCAUGAUUAA